AUGGCUACCAAGCUCGAGAAAGAGGCGAUACACCCUACCUCAACGGAGCAAGAGCAUGUCUCUGAAGAGGGCAAUUCAAAAGAUGUUACCUCACUUGCACUCCUAGCUACCAGACAGGAGCAUCACAUGGGAUUUUUUGAGGCAGUUCGUCGCUAUCCAAAGGCUGUCCUCUGGUCAGUUCUUCUCUCAACCUCGAUCAUCAUGGAGGGAUACGAUAUCGUCCUUAUUCAGUCAUUCUUCGCCCAGUUGUCCUUCCGGGACAAGUAUGGUGAAUAUGAUCCCGGAACUGGUACCAAUCAGAUUACUGCUCCUUGGCAGAAUGGCCUAAGCAAUGCAGUUAGCAUUGGAACAAUCAUCGGAGCCUUCGCCAACGGGUAUUUUGCGCAUAAUUUUGGUUAUCGCAAGGUUCUACUCACAUCUCUAUCUGCUAUCGCCGCAUUUAUAUUCAUAUCCUUCUUUUCGCCCAAUCUGCCUGUUCUUUUGGUCGGCCAGUUCCUCUGCGGUAUCCCAUGGGGUGUUUUUGCCACUAUGGCGCCCGCCUAUGCUUCUGAAGUAUGCCCUCUGGCACUCCGUGGAUACUUGACAGUCUACGUCAAUUUGUGCUGGGCGUUUGGUCAACUUAUCUCUGCUGGUGUUCAGUCCGGAUUCUCCAGUCGUGCCGGUCAAUGGUCAUACAGAAUUCCUUUUGCCAUUCAAUGGGCGUGGCCUGUGAUUCUCUUUCCAAUCCUCUGGUUUGCCCCGGAGUCGCCGUGGCACUACGUUCGCGCAGGGAGAUACGAGGAAGCCGCGGCCUCGAUCAAGCGUCUCGGGUCUGCCGCACAGCGUGCACAUGCCAAGGAGACUAUGGCAAUGAUGAUUCACACCAAUGAGAUUGAAAAGUCUAUGGAUGAUGGAACUUCGUACCUGGACUGCUUCCGUGGUGUGGACCUUCGCCGAACGGAGAUCGCGUGUAUGGCUUUCGCUGCACAGCCAUUUUGUGGCUCCGCAAUGGGCGGAACUCCUACAUACUUCUUCGUCCAGGCUGGUCUCCCAGAGUCUAUUUCAUUUCGCAUGUCUGUUGGUGGUCUAGGAAUUGCCUCUGUGGGAACCAUUUUCGCCUGGUUUUUGAUGCGCGUCUGCGGCCGUCGUACGCUGUAUCUCUGGGGACUCGGACUUCUGUCUGCUAUCCUCCUCAUUGUCGGUUUCUGCAGUGUUGGCAGUAAUUCUACAGGAAGUAAUUACGCCCAGGCCGGGUUGAUGCUUGGCUGGCUGGGUGUAUACUAUUCCACCGUCGGCCCAAUCUGUUACGCUGUGAUUACAGAGGUGUCGUCCACUCGUCUUCGGAAUAAGAGCGUCUGCCUCAGUCGUAUUGCCUAUUACAUCGCUCAGAUUGUCUGCAAUAGCAUUAAUCCAGAAAUGUUGAACCCCACUGCGGGUAAUUGGCGUGGCAAGACCGGCUUUUUCUGGGGUGGCACCACGGCCGUGUUUUUUGUCUGGACGUUUUUCCGUCUACCAGAGACCAAGGGGAAGACUUUCGAGGAACUGGAUAUCCUGUUUGCAAAAAGAGUAGGAGCUCGUCAAUUUGCACAGUGUGAGGUAGAUGCAUAUGUCGAUAGUCAAGAGGCCAUUACUCAGAAACGUGAGUGA